CCAGGCCCAGCUGAGGGGCAGGCCGGGCGCCUGGCACAACCUUCCCUUCAGCCCCGGUUCUUGGGAGCUAGGUCUGCUCUGAAAACACACACCAGAGAACAGCUUAAAGCAAUUACUGAGGAUGUUGUUUUCCUUCCUAGACCCGCUUCCAAAACAGCCUUCCACUCUCAGCACUUUCCAGACCUGGUCAUCGUCUUCUCUCUCCUGGGCUGAGCGCAUUGUGAGGAGCCGGCAAUGUUGAGCGAAUGCCUAGCCACGUGUGAUGGGGGAAGUGUACAAAAAAAGGAUGGAAAUGGAUCUGAACUCAAGGAAUUUGCCAUCGGGAAGAAGAGACUGUAUCAGGACAAAAUGAUGGGCUUUGCAGACGCCGCCGCCCCGAAGCCGCCUGUGACCAGCCAUGGGGAACCCCACCGUGUACUUCAACCUCACCGUCGACGGCGAGCCCUGGGACCGUGUCUCCUUCAAGCUGUUUGCAGACGAAGUUCCAAAGACGGCAGAAAACGUCCGUGCUCUGAGCACUGGGGAGAAAGGAUUUGGUUACAAAGGUUCCUGCUUUCACAGAAUUAUUCCGGGAUUUAUGUGCCAGGGUGGUCACUUCACACGCCAUCAUGGCACAGGCGGCAAGUCCAUCUACGGGGAGAAAUUUGAGGAUGAGAACUUCGUCCUGAAACAUACAGGUCCUGGCAUCUUGUCCAUGGCAAACGCUGGACCGAACACAAACAGUUCCCAGUUUCUCAUCUGCGCUGUCAAGACGGAGAGGUUGGGGGGCAGGCAUGUGGCCUUCGGUCAGGUGAAAGACGGCAUGGAUAUUGUGACAGCCAUGGAGCGCUUUAGGUCCAGGAAUGGCAAGACCAGCAAGAAGAUCACCAUUGCUGACUGUGGACAACGCUAAUAGAUUUGACUUGUGUUCUAUCUUAAGCACCAGACCAUUCCUUCUGUAGUUCAGGAGAGCACCCCUUCACCCCGAUUUGCUUGGAAAGCGUGGUCCCAAUACACCAAGGUUGCAGUUUUGAACCUCGAUCAGGGCACAUGCAAGAAUCGAUCAAUGAACGCAUACAUAAGUGGAACAACAAACGCAGUGUUUCUCUCUGCCUCUGUCUUUGUCUCUGUC